GCUCGUCUCGGCGCAACGAAAUAAAAAAUACGGAAAGUGAUUCAUUACAAUGUUGGCUCUAGAAAUAUACGCGAUCCACGUGUUUAACAGCAGUUACGUACAGGACGGCUAACCGAACACCGCUCUGUCAAUGGGAAGAAAAUACAUAUUUUAAAAGUUUAUAUUCAGUCGACGACGACCACGACGACGACCACGACGACGACGGUGUCAGCAAAGUUCAUUACGACAAUUUAACAUUACAAGCCGUUUGAUAGAUACUUUGUUAUUUCGUAACUUAGCUACGUAUACGCGCUUUUGUGUACGCCAUCGAUAAUAGUAGUGAGGAUCCACCAUGCCGGUUUUGUGCAACCGUCGUCAGUUUUAGUUCAAUCCAGCGAUUCUGAAAGAGUGAUUAAAAAAUACUCGUGAAAAAGUGUUUAAAACAAAUUUAAAUCAAAUAUAAAUACUGUUUUUGGUUUUGUGUCAGUUCCAUUAAGUGUAGUGAUAAUUGUGUACUGAUUAAUUUCCUGGAAGAGAUACUCAUGUUUCCUGGAAAAAAUCCGAUUUGCUUAUUUUAUGUUUCAUGAGACCAAAUUUGGAAAAAGAACCAAUGUGAGAGUCGGAGUUCUCCGAGCCAUCGUUGGAGAAGCUCGAUUUAAGCCGGCAGUCGAAUUUCUUGCCGGCGACCGUUGAUUUUGUCAGUGGUCGAAGUUCAUUGAGUGCUGUUCGUUGUGCAUCUGAUACAAAUCAAUUAACUGGAGCCGGCUGAGGAGACAUAUUAAAGAUGAAGAAUAGUGAUUUGAAUGGUACACGGCAACGAGUGAGGGCCAUAGUUGAAACUACAGGAAGAUAUCAAGUUAUCCUAUGCAUUUUGUUAAGUAUUCACAGUGCAAUAGUUGCAUUUAACCACACAGAACCAGCUUUUCUCAAUUACGAACCGGCUUUUCGUUGCAAGGACAAUGACACGAUUAAAGAAUACAUUGGAUGCGCGUCUUUACAAAAUGGUACGUGCCACACAGGAUUCGAAUUUGCCGAAGAUGAAAGAACCAUCAUCACUGACUUUUCCCUGGUUUGCUCUCGAAGGUACCUCGCCGCGCUUGCCACAGUUUUGUACUUCGGUGGUGUGACCAUAGGAGCUUUAGUUUUUGGGCCCUUGGCAGAUCGAUUGGGUCGCCGAAAAGUAACCCUAAUUUGCCUAUACACUCAAGCUGCUUUAGGAAUAAUUCAAGGAUUGUUGGGGUCCUACGCGGGUUUUGCAGUCUUUGCGGCUCUUCGCAUGAUGCAAGGAGCUUUUGUUCAGGGUCUGCAAAGUUCGACGUUCACUUUGCUAUUGGAGCUUUUCCCUGUGCGCCAUCGGACAGCAGUGGCCGUAAUUUGGGAAAUAUUUUGGGCAGGAGGUUGUGCCUUCAUGGCAUCCGUUGCAUGGAUUCUAGCAGAUUGGCGUUAUUUGCAAAUUGUUCUCGCAUUACCAGCGAUAGUUAGUGUAAUAUACAGUUGGAAUAUACCAGAAUCCGCACUAUGGCUAACAACGAUUGGGAAAUACAGAUCUGCUCAUCAAGUCUGCGAUAGAAUAAUGAGAUUUAAUGGAACGAAGCAAGACAUGAAUCGUAAUGGCACAACAUGCCAAUCAGAGCAAUUAGUAGAGAAUGUUGUUUCGGAUCCGGUUGUUGAAAAAAUUGGAUUAAUUGGCAUCUUCAAAAAUUCAUUAUUGCGAAAGCAUGCGCUGGUUAUGACUAUGGUUUGGUUCAGUGUAACUUUAUGCUACUAUGGAACUGUAUUUUAUCUUCCAAAAUUGGAUGGACAACGACACGUAAAUUUCCUCAUAGGGGCUUUCAUAGAAGUCGUGGCAUAUUUACUCGCUUUUUGGGCUCUUUCCAAAUUUGGUAGACGAUGGCCCACUGCCUUAUAUCAGAUAUUGUGCGGAGCUAUCUGCGCCACAGUCGCAGGGAUCACGUUUUAUACUGGUCAUCAUCAAGGGAUGUUGAUAAUUGGUUUGAUUUUGGCUGGUAAAGGAAUUGCAGUAUCAUGUUUUUGUUGUAUGUUCCUUUAUACAAGUGAACUGUUUCCAACAAGCGUGCGCGGAGCAGCUCUUGGCUUAUGCGGUUUUUGGUCGCGAAUUGGAGGAUUACUUUCUCCUUUGCUGCUUGUUUUGGGCGAGAUCACCGAUCGAUCAGUGCCUUUAAUGUGUUUGGGCGCGUUGGCCCUUGUGACAGGUUUCAUCUCUUUAGCUUUGCCAGAUACAAAUAAUACAACUUUACCUGACACAAUUGCCGAAGCACAAACUGCAUAUAAAAAAUCUUUUCCGAAGUCGCAGGAAAAUACACAUGUGUAA